AUGGCCUCGACAACAGCACAAGCUGCAAAGAAGAAACUUGUAGUAUGCGGCGGCAAUGGCUUCUUGGGCAGCCGGAUAUGCAGAGCCGCAGCGCAUAGGGGCUGGAGCGUAACCUCGAUCUCGCGUUCGGGCACACCACACUGGUCUUCCGUUUCUUCCUCGCAAACACCGCCAGACUGGUCAGACAAGGUGUCAUGGCAGAAAGGCGACAUACUGGACCCUGAAUCGUACACGAAACAUCUCGAGGGCGCAGAUGCAGUGAUACACAGCAUGGGCAUACUGCUAGAAGCAGACUACAAAGGCGUGGUCAGUGGACGAGAGAGUCCCAUCAAGGGUCUGCAGCGAGCUUUCAGCAGCACCAAAGCAGGAACUCAAAACCCAUUGACUCGAAAAGAGGGCGAGAAGUUGCAGCCACAGGAGAGCGACGGACAACUCACAUACGAAAUCAUGAACCGCGACACUGCCGUAUCUCUAGCCCACGAAGCCUCCACACGCAAAGUCCCAACCUACCUCUACAUCUCCGCUGCAGCUGGUACACCCAUUCUCCCCGCACGCUACAUCACAACGAAACGCGAGGCCGAAUCCAUCAUUGCCUCUACAUUCCCUACCAUGCGGUCCAUCUUCAUUCGCGCACCCUUUAUGUACGACAGCAGCCGCACAUUCACUCUUCCCAUUGCGGCAGCGGGUGGAGUAGCAGCCAUGAUCAACAGCGCAGUUGGGGGACGGUUAACAUGGCUAAUGGGAGCUGGAGGGAUCAAGCCUUUGAAAGCGGAUCUGGUGGGUGAGGCGGUCGUGGAAGCACUGGAGGAUAAUGAGGUCAAAGGGCCCGUUGAGGUACCAGAAAUUGAGAGGUUGGGCACGAGAGCGUGGAGGAAGAACAUGCUAUAG